AUGUCGGCAUCCGAAGUACAGGAAGGGGCUGCUGCCGCCCUCGAGGAGGUUGCUACUACCAAAGAGGUCCCCAAGGAGACGGUCCAGGAGGUCACCAACGACCACGAGAAAGAAGACGCUGCUUCCUCUCCCGUAACAGAGACAAAGGACAAGGACAACCAGCGACCAGCCUCUCUCGCUCCCUCCACCGACUUGUCCGACACAGACGACAAGGACACCGUAAGUCCCAUCCCUUACUUGCCCCUGGGGAGGACAAGUAGGACAAGUGCAACCCAAAACUUCCAGAUGCGCAAAGCAAGAGGGCCUACCUAG